AUGCGCUAUCAGUUGUUCGAUUAUGAACACUCCCCCGUUCACUCCCCCACGCGUUUUCUACGAACUUGCUGCGUAUCUCCUUUCAGCAUAUCUGAAAAAUUGCUUCCUGCUGAUGCUGCAGAUGCCGUGGAUACUGCACAGGGACAGGACGUCUAUGAGACAGUCGUUGGCCACGCAAGAUGCGAGGGCUUCACAGACAUUUUGAACUGUCUCCGCGAGGUCGACUAUGACAAAAUCCUUCAUGCCAUAAACGCGGUUCCAGGGAUCUUAAGUUAUUCUUCCAUAGCUUUGUCGACGGAAUUACCCUCACCAAAUCACCCGACGAGCUGCUUUUUAGCAGGCAAAAUGACCACAGUCCCCUUCAUCCUUGGCAUCCAGGAAGACGAAGGAGCUCCCUUCGCCCUUUCCAAUUCAACAUCACCACCAAAGGCUGGCUGGCAUUGUAUCUCAAGACGAAACUCUUCCACAGCGCAGAAUUGA